CUCUAUCCCACCUUUGGGGAUUUAGAGUAGGAAGGAUCUUUGAAUCCAUCUCACAGUAGCUGAGAGAGACCUUUGGUCAAAAAUCCCCAGCACAAAUCAGCCUUUCAGUCUGCUGCUAUGCAUGGAGACAUGCAGUACUUAUUUUAUUUUUUUCAGUUCUUUGAAGUUCCCUCCUCACACUUAGUUAGAUAGGACUAAUCAAGGCAGGAAUGGGGCAGUCAGUGCGUAUCCUAAUGCACAGUGUGCUUCUGAUCAGAGAUUUAUUUAUUCCCCAUGGAGAUCUGUAGUGGGUAGGACAGAGAGACAGGAAAAAGAUCAAAACUCAAAGGAUCUGGCAGGAGAUCGUAAAUUGGACAGCAGGUCACCAAAGCCUGGGGGACUGAAUCUGUAAGGGAACAGAAGAGAUCGCCAGCUGGGACUUUUGGACUCAAACAGGAGGGAAAGGCAGGGAACGUGGGCUUGCUAGUCACUUCAGUGGCAGCAUGAAGAGGGAGAGUGGGGGCUGCAGGGAUAUGUCACACUCACUCUCUGAGCUGUUUGAGUUGAGGAAGUUGUCCGUGGCUGAGUUUCCUUUCCCUCUCUGAGCUAUUGAAACAGGAAGCUGGUGAGCCGAAGCUGGCUGAUCGUUACACACAGGCACACAGGCAGCUCUGGCAGCUCCUGUGUUGGCAUUCAGGUUUCUUCCAGCUCCAGCAAUGGAUCAGUGCUGGUACCACGGCAACAUCACUCGCUCCAGAGCUGAAGACCUGCUCUCCAAAGUAGGCAAGGACGGCAGCUUCCUUGUGCGGGCCAGUGAGUCAAUUGCUUCAGCAUAUGCACUCUGCGUGCUGUACCGGAAUUGUGUUUAUACCUACCGAAUAUUGCCUGAUAAAGAAAAGAAACUAAUUGUCCAGGCAUCAGAGGGUGUCCCUGUGAAAUACUUUCAGAACUUGGAGGAACUGAUAGAGUAUUACAAGAAGGAGAACAUGGGUCUGGUAUGGCACCUCAAAUAUCCAGUGCCGCGGGAAGAGGAGGAGGCUGCUGAUGAACUGGAGGAGGACACUGACCUGGUACCCACACCUCCUGUCCUGCCCCCACGCAACAUCCUCAUGGCACUGCCGAGCAGUGAGACAAAGGAGGUGUCUUCUCUCCCUGAAAACUCACGGGUGGCAGAAGUGAAUAAACUGUCCCUUUCUGAGACACUACUCCAGCGACUGCAGUACCAGGACACAAGCAGUGUCUCUGAUGAGCAUCUUAAACUCAUCCAGGAUUACCUGCGAGUUCACAUCAUGAGUGACUUUGAGAUGGUGCAGACUGGCUCAAACAAUCUUCCUCAACUGAAGAAAUUACUUACAGCUCUUUGCAAAGGACUCUUCAGUGAGGCCUCGAGGACUCUCCCAUCUCUGGAGUCCAUCCAGAAGGUGUUUGAGCAGCAGCUGCAUCCCAGUACCCACCAGCGCUCCCAGAUGCUUGGUGAAGCAAGUCCAGUCAAUAUUGUAUUGAAACUCAACCAGCUGAUUUCUUUGCUGUCUUCUAUUGAAGAAAAGGUGAAAACACUGUUGAUUGAAGGUCCUGAUUCAACACACCGGCGCUCCCUUAUUCCCCCUGUCACUUUUGAGGUGAAAACUGACUCCCUAGGAAUUUUCUCAAAAAUUCAACUCAAAGUGGAUGUGGAAAUGGGAAAACUGAUUAUCAAGAGAUCUAAGGAUGGUCCAGAAGACAAAUUUUAUACCCACAAGAAAAUCUUGCAGCUCAUCAAGUCCCAGAAGGUUCCAAACAAGCUGGUUAUUGUUCUGGAAACAGAAAAAGAAAAAACACAACGGAAGGAAUAUGUUUUUUCUGAUUCCAAGAAGAGAGAAGGGUUCUGCCAGCUUUUACAGCAGAUGAAGAAUAAACACUCAGAGCAACCAGAGCCUGAUAUGAUCACCAUCUUCAUUGGCACCUGGAAUAUGGGUGCAGCCCCAGCCCCAAAGAAGAUCACCUCCUGGUUCCUCUCCAAGGGGCAGGGGAGGACCCGUGAUGACACUGCUGACUACAUCCCUCAUGACAUCUAUGUGAUUGGCACCCAGGAGGAUCCCCAGGGGGAGAAGGAAUGGCUGGAGACCCUAAGGCAAUCUCUGCAGGAAAUCACCAGUAUCAGCUUCAAAGUGAUAGCCAUCCAUACCCUCUGGAACAUCAGGAUUGUUGUCCUGGCCAAGCCAGAACACGAGAACCGCAUCAGCCACAUCUGCACGGCCAAUGUGAAGACCGGCAUCGCAAACACGCUGGGCAAUAAAGGAGCAGUUGGGGUGUCAUUCAUGUUUAAUGGAACCUCCUUUGGGUUUGUUAACAGCCAUUUGACUUCAGGAAGUGAAAAGAAACACAGACGCAACCAGAAUUACACGAACAUCCUGCGCUUCCUGACACUGGGAGAUAAGAAACUGAGUCCAUUUAACAUCACUCAUCGCUUUACUCAUCUUUUCUGGCUGGGAGACUUGAACUACCGUGUGGAACAGCCCCCGACGGAAGCAGAAAAUAUUAUCCAGAAGAUCAGGCAGCAGCAGUAUCCGGAGCUGCUGGCUUUUGACCAGCUUCUCCUCGAGAGAAGAGACCAAAAAGUGUUCCUGCAGUUCGAGGAAGAGGAGAUUACUUUUGCUCCAACCUACCGCUUUGAGAGAGGCACCCGGGAGAAGUAUGUUUACACCAAGCAAAAAGCUACAGGGAUGAAGUACAAUUUGCCAUCCUGGUGUGAUCGAGUGCUCUGGAAAUCCUACCCCAUGGUGCACGUUGUGUGUCAGUCCUAUGGCUGCACCACUGACAUCAUGACAAGUGACCACAGUCCUGUGUUUGCCACCUUUGAAGUGGGAGUCACCUCACAGUUCGUUUCCAAGAACGACUCCAAAUACACAGAUUCCCAAGGGGAGAUAGAGUUCCUGCACUGCUACGCUACUCUGAAGACUAAGUCCCAGACCAAGUUCUACAUUGAGUUUCAUUCUAGCUGCUUAGAAAGCUUUGUAAAGAGCCAGGAAGGAGAAAAUGAGGAUGGAAAUGAAGGGGAGCUUGUGGUAAAGUUCGUUGAGGCACUUCCAAAGCUGACUCCAAUUAUUUCAGACCCAGAAUACCUACUGGAUCAACACAUCCUGAUCAGCAUUAAGUCAUCAGACAGUGAUGAAUCUUAUGGGGAAGGCUGCAUUGCCUUGCGAAUAGAAGCAACAGAAUCCUUAGCUCCUAUCCAUACUGUGCUGACACACCAUGGAGAGAAAACGGGGAUCUUCCAAGGUGAAAUCAAGUUACAAACGUCACAAGGAAAACAGAGAGAGAAACUGUAUGAUUUUGUCAAGAUUGAACGUGAUGAAAUCACUGGUCAGAAACCAAAGAACAUCAGCAAUUUAGAGCCUAACAAAGACUGGGAUCAGACUAACAGAAAGUCAAAAUCUACUCAUCUGAUGGCCAGAGAGGCAGCAGCCAUCGCUCGCUACUGGGGGAGUGCUGUCUCUUCUCCAGACAGCCUGGGAAAGGAGGAUAUCUUACGCUCCACCCCCACAGACAUCAGCAACCCCAACUACCUGGGCAUGGCUGCCUUCUCUCAGCAGCCCUCUGCAACCUGCCAGCUUAAGCAGACAUCUUCAUCAGAGCAGGCACCUUCCCUCUGGAACUAUGAGCAGCAGUCCAAAGAGAACACCUCCCUAAUGGGGCAGUGUCAGUCAUCCUCCACAUCACCCUCCUUGUCACCUCUAUCUCCAAAACCAUCCCUCCAGCCUACAGCAAACAGAAGCAUUUGUAAUUGGAGUCAAGAGUACCAGCUGCCUGACGUGGGGAUAUCCAUAGCAGAGCCUGUGCUGCAGGAGGAGGGGCAGCAAAGGCCGGAGAUGUUCGAGAACCCACUGUAUGGCUCCAUGGGCUCCAGGGGCAAGGUGGCUCCCAAGAAAGAGCAGGAGUAUCCCAAGGCCUUGCGGAAAGAGCAGCCACCACUGCCUGAGCAGAGCUGUCAUCUCACAAAACCACAGGAGCCUGAGUGCAGCAAGACCUCUGGCAAACAGCCAUCACCACCUUUCCUGGUGCCCACACAGCGAUUCCGGUCCUACACUUCUUCCUGCCAAUUGGAAGAAAAGAAUAUAGGGGAAAAGAGUCAAGGCAAACCAAAGAUGACACCACCAUUGGAAAACUCAGCACCGCUCAAAAAACUCAUUAAGCCAUCCAGGGCUGAAGUCAGCCUGAGCAUCCAGGGACAGCAGAACAAGCCACCCCUUCCCUCCAAGAGCCGGGCAGUGCUGGAUAUGCAGAACUCCAAGGGCCGCGAUUAUCGGGACAGUUCAGAGCUGCCGCACUCCGGGAAGCACCGGAUGGAGGAGGGCCCAGUCAGCAGGACAACUACACCGUGAACACGACACAGCAGCUGGUGGUACCCUAGGAGGAAUCCUGAUGGGAAGAACGAUGGAGACUACUGCUUUGUUCACACUGAUGUCCUCUAGUCUGGUUCUAAAAAGGACUGAGGAAUUUUAUUUUUGAGGGUGCAGCCUUCCCCGUGAUUAUGAAAAUGUUCUAGCUGAGAAGUUUAUCCUAUGUUGCUCAGACCAAGAGGGGCAGGACCACAAUACCUGCAAGUUAUUCUUUUGAGUGUCACUUUGGUACUUCCAUUAAAGGGGGGUGGUCAAGUACAUGCAUUAGUAAAUGUUUUGGAAAAGAGGAUGGUACGGUACAAGGACUAGGAGAUGGAAAGGGUGCAUUGAAAAAAAACCCUUCCUGCAAAAGAAAGAUUUCUAUUUUGUGUUACAGGAUUGCUAUUAAAGAGUGAUAUGUAAAAGAAAGCAUCUUAAAAGCGGUACAGCUUCAAAAGCAUGUCCUAACUAUGGAGCAAGGAGGUCAGAGAGGGUGGGGAAAGAGUCUGAAUAGCAGAUACUGAUGCAGGUCACACUCUCAGUGGAGCCAGCCUUGCCUGAAGCUCGGGGCUGCAUCCCUGCACCACCGCGGGGACACAGAAAGUGAGGGCCAGCCCAUGGCACUGUGGCUCCUUUGCCUUCAAGCAGGCCCUGCUUUGAUACCCCAGCAAGCAGGGGGAAACACCAGAACCACAGGCAGAAACAGGGGAAGAGGAAGGGGCCAUGGGAGCCCUAGGAGUAAAACUGCCUGGAGGGGCAGAUAGCAGUACCCCAGCCUGCCUGGCAGCAAGCACUCUGCUUUGGAGGACACUGGCCAGCUGGUUUUGGAGCAUUCUUAACAGACUAAUGCUCACCUUACUGUACACUUUUGUUCAUUGACUGAGAAUUAAUAAUGUUAACAUACUUGUAAUUUCUGUUAUAUUUGUGUUAAGUAUUAAUGCUGUGGUUAUUAUUAGACUAAGCCUGUUGUGACUUAAUCACUGCUACUGUUUCCAUGUUGAUUACUUAAAAAAUAAUAAAAUAGUCACAUUUUUGGUCA